UUUCAACCAAGACAAGAAAACUCAUCCCUAACAUUUUUAACGUUUUACACAAAAAAUUCUUUUAAAAAUGGCUAAAAAGGCAAACCCUUUGACUGAUUUACCAACAGCUUGUCGCUUUGCGGUUCUUAAAAUCAGUGAUGACAGCGAAGAAGAAGAAACAAAGCCGUUUGAUAAAAAAGGGGCGAAAAAUACGUCAUCAUCCAACACGGUUUCCUCUGGAGGGGCAGCUAAAAAAAAGAGAAACAAGAAAAAACGUCACAACAGAUCGAAAAACAGCCAGGGUAAUGAUAUAGAUACAGUAGCAUCUUCUGACAGCAUGCAAGUAACUAAAAAUGAUGAAGAAAAUGGAUGGGAGGUGUGGCAAAACAAAGAUGAGCAGUUUGUCAUGGACCAGUUUCAAAAAGAUUUACAGGCUGCCUUAGAAGAAAGCAAAUCUGUCAUUGGUCCUUCACCAUCUCAACAAGCUGGCAAUGAUCUAUCAUCUAACAAGAAGAAGAAGAAAGAAAAGACUAUAUCACUAGAUGAAUUUAUUAGUGGCAAUCUAGAUGAUGACACUAGAAAUCCUGUGGAGGCCAAUGGAAACUUAUCUGCUUUCACAGAAGAUUUACCUUCAUCGAUGUUUGGAUUAGAUGACUUUCAGAUGCAGGAUUCGCAUAGUACUAGUGUCACAUUCGUCACAAGUGUAUCAAAUGAGAAGCUGCCAAAAUCUAAAUCAAAAAAGAAAACUCAUGAUAAAACAGAGGAUGUUGAAAGUGGAUCAAAAUCAGAAGCAAAAAAGAUUAUCCCUGCAACACAAGAAGAAUCUAUGAAAGCAGAAAUGGUUCACGUCCAAGAAGAGCUUAGUAAGAAAGAUGAAACAGUGACCAAACUACAAAAGACUAUAGAGAAACAGAAAAUAUGGAUUAGUGACUUACAGAAAGAGUUGAUUCAAGUCAAAAAACGCAAUAAACAACUAUGUCACAUUCUAGCCCAAGGCGAAAUGAAAGAAAAAGCUGAUCUAUUAAUGCAGAUAGAAGAAUUGAAUGAAUUCAGGGAACAGGUAGUCGAACUACAUGCUGAAUUAGAACAAGAAAGAUCCAAAUCGUCCGCGCUUCGACAAGAGAUGAUAAAACACCAGGGCUCGCAUAGUAGAGCAAGACACAGCUCAACAUCAUGAUGAUUAAAGUACCCAUAAGAUCAAAUCAACUAAAGAUAAUUAUUUAUAUUUGCUAAGUCCAUAAAUAUUGAAUCGGUGUCAAGAAUGAUUUUUUAGGGCUCAUGUUGAAGUUUUGCUCUGGACCUGGCGAAGAGGCCAUUUGCAAAAACUCUUUUUAUUUUGAGGGACUAGGGCUUAGAGACGGGAGGGGGGGAGCAGAAGACAGUCAUCCUUGACCGCAUAUUACACUAAUUCACUUAGGCCCCGUCCACACGUAUCCGCAAAUUUUUGUAUCCGCAAAUUUUUUUUUUCGGAUACGAAAAUGUUCGCGUCCACACGCAGCGUAUUCGAAUCGUUUUCACUGUCCACAAC